AACAGCCAGACAGACAACUUGCGCCACCCACUAGCUGUAGUAGAGGAGCCAAUCAUAGUGGAGGUGAUGUUUAGGAACCCUCUGAAGGUUUCUCUGGCUCUGUCCAACCUCUCACUCCUCUGGAGGUUCACUGCCGAUGGUGUGUCUCCAUUGAAGGAGAAGACCACUGAAGAGUUGGCAGGAGAGGCCAUCACCAAUGAGGAGACCAUGACUCCAGGGAUGACACAGAAAGAUGAUAUUGUCACCACUGAGGUAAUCCUGGAGUUUCAUAUGGGUCCAGAGGAGACCAAAAUGGCUCGGCUCAGGCUGCUGCCACAUAGAACUGGCCAGCUGAACAUUGUGGGUGUAGUGUACAACCUGGCUGCAGCCUCCUCUGGACAGAUGGCUCCCAGCACUGAGGGCCAGCAGACUUUUGAUCUGAUGGUGGUUCGGGGCAGACAGGACUUAAAGAUCCAGGGCCCAAGACUCAACCAGACCAAAGAGGACAAGAUGUUGGUUCGACAUGGUCCUGAUCGACGCCUGGAUCCCAUCAUAACACCACCCAUGCCCCUAAUGGAGGUCUUCUUCUUGCAGUUUCCCACUGCUCUGCUGUGUGGUGAGAUCAGGAAGGCCUAUGUUGAGUUCUGUAAUGUCAGCAGUGUUGCUUUGUGCGGACUUCGAGUGGCAUCCACACACCCUGAUUUCUUCACUUUUGGUAGCCAUGCCACAACACCCCUCACACCGACCUCAGCUGAAAACUGCUCGGCCUAUAAAACCUUAGCCACACACCCCCAGCCAGGCUCAGUGGCAUCUGAGAUUUUGGUUUCAGCUGAGGACUUCAGCCAGCCGUCCAGUGUGAUGGAGAUCCCAAUACAUGGCAGCACGCUGCAACCGGGGGAGUCCACCCAGCUGCCUCUCUGGCUCAGAGGACCAGACCAGGAGGGAGUCCAUGAAAUCAACUUCUUGUUCUACUAUGAAAGCACGGAGAAAGGAAUCAAAAUCAGUCAUCGGGUGUUGCGUCACACAGUGUUUAUCUGUGCCAGUCGCUCUCUGAGUGUGCAGGCGGUGGCCUGCCGCAGCAGUGUUCCUCCACAUCAAAGUCAGGAUGACAAAGGCAGCGGUGGAACACUGGUCUUUAUUGAUGUGGAGAACAUUAAUACGAGUGAAGCUGGUGUGCGUGAGUUCCACAUCAUCCAGGUGUCCAGCAGCAGUCAGCACUGGCGCCUCCACAAGUGUAUCAACCCAGCCAAGGAUAAAGACUGUAAACUCACCAGCAGAGAAAGAGCCAAGCUGUGUUUCAGGGCCACACGAUGCAGGCCCCACCAAGAUACCUCGGAUGCCGUGGAAAAAUACACCUUUGCAGACCUGAAUCUGGGAAAUGAACGGAUAAUCAGUUCUUCCACACCCUGUGGAGAUUUCUUCUUCCGUGGUUGUCGGACCUCAGAGUCUCAGCGAGUAUAUGUGGCAUCAUCCAGGACAUCCUCCAGCAGCAAGACUCUCAUCAAUGAGGACAGAGACUCUGACAUCACCCACAUUGUCAAGAAAUGUAAUGAGCUGGACCUCAACAUAAUCGUCAUCUGGAAGGCCUAUGUGGUUGAGGACAACAAACAGCUGAUCCUUGAGGGCCAACUCCAUGUGGCGCUGCAGACCAUUGGCAAAGAGGCCAGUUCUCUGACUGCCAGAGAGGAGGCGCAGGAAAUGGUGCUGCUCAAGUUUAAAUCAGAACUGCCUCCCCCAGUUGUCCUGCCCUCUGCAGAGCUGUCGCAACUCAUCAAAAUCAACCUGCACUACCCUGAGACCUACACACAUUCGUUUGUCCAGGCUAGUCUCUGUGUGGUGCCUGUUACUCUGACUCUGUCCAACUGCUCCUUGGCUCAGGUGGAUGUCAUCAUUGACAUGCAGCACAAAAGCACCAGCACGGAGUCUCUGGAGGUCCACAGCUCUUUUACCUGGGUGGGUCAGACCCAGUAUAAGCUGCAGCUGAAGCCUCAGGAGGUGCUGUGCCUGACCCUGAGAGCCUGUUUCCUCCAGGCAGGAGUCUACAACCUUAACACGCACCGAGUCUUUGCCAAGCCAGCUGAGCAGGCCGCCAUGUGUGAGACGAGCCAGCAGACAGCUAGUCCUGCUCUCAUAAUCAUCAACAAUGCCUGAGCAGAGCGUCAUGGCCUGCAUACAGGAGGACCUGGACUUCAGGAGUCCAUCAGCUGCUACUGUACACAUAUAACCAUACUUUUGCUUCUUGAUUAAUACUGGACAGCAGGAAACACAGAUGUUUUGUACCAAUUGGUAAAAUAGAAAAAGGUUUAUUUACAACAAACAGCUUCAGUUUAUACAGAUUGAUGAGGUUGAUCUACAGAUGAAGUGGCCAGACAGUUUAUGGACCUCAGAACUAUGUAGUCUCAUCAGCCAAGUAUCAAAGAAUUUCACUUGCAUGUUACUUUUUCUGUACGACAUCCCAGCCCUCCGUACCUCUACUGUCUCCACCCACUCUUUACCCUUCUGUUACCAGCAUCUCAAACAAAACUUGUUUGGAACCUAACAAAAGCUAUGUCAUCUGGCUGACACAUGCUGAUGUUGACUCUGGAAUGGUGACUCUGAUCUAAAGUCAAAAAGCAAAGUCAGAGACAAACCGCUGUACUUAUUUUUGACCGGGGGCUGGGUCCCCAAGUGAUCCCCAAGUGGUGUGAGCACUUAACACUUGGGGAUCAGUUUUUGUUUGAUUAGCUAGACUGGUCCUUAGUUCGUAAAUCUGUGGACUGAUGCUUUAAAUAUAACCUCAAUCUGCAAAUAUACUGAAUUCUGGACAGUGUAUGAGCAGUUGUCAUGAAAUGUCAGUUGUCGUUCUAACAAGAACUGUUCACAUCCUGAAUAUUGUACGCACAUGUUGAUUGUCACAUUCAGUCUACAGCUUCGGGCAUCCAGCUACUCCUGAAGUACUUGUCAAGAGGCUGACCACUGAAGCCAAUCUUACUGCCCACUCUGUAUGAUUUUCACUGACAGUACAACAGACUACCCAUAUUGCUUAUGUGCAUGCAGGUGAUUUUUGAGUCCAGCCAAUCAAUCAACAUACCCUCCUAACCUGUGUGUUUAACCCCACCAUGUUGUGAUUGACUUGACAGCUUUUCUGAAAAUGAUGUAUUAUAUUUAUAUAACAAAUUUGAUGUAAAUAGAAAAUAAAACUUACUAAUAACUAA